GCCAUAUAUCCCGUACUCCUCCCCCACCCUUGCUCUGCACGACCCCACGUCCCAAGCCUCUCACGACGUCCUGCUUUUCACGAUCUGCCAUGCAUUCCCAGUCUGCCUUGUCCAUCGAGUUCAUCAUCGUGGGCGGAGCCAUCUCUGGUCUCGCUUCCGCCGUCAGUUUGGCUCGCGUAGGACACAAGGUCACCGUCCUCGACGACAGUUCGGACUUCUAUGACACCCCUAUGGGUGCAGGAGCCCGAAUCCCGCCCAAUGCGACCAAGGUCCUCUACCGAUGGGGGAUGGAGCAAGCUCUGCGCGAAGUCGCAAUCAAGUCCACCGGCGUUCUCUUCGCACAAUUCGACAACGGCUCGAUCGUAGGCACACACGAAUGGGAGGAAUCCGUGCUGGAGGAGACCGGCGGCGACUUCCUGCUCCUCUCGUAUGGCGACUUGCGCAGAAUACUUGCCGAGUUCGCCGUCAAGCACGGUGCAGUGCUCCGACCGAACAGUCAAGUCAUCUCCGUCCAAGCGGACACUGAACGGCCAUCCGUAACCCUCAUCACAGGAGAAGUCCUCACAGGCGACGUCAUCAUCGGUGCGGACGGGUGUCAUGUGCCUCCAUAUCAUACUCGGAGAGUGGUGCUGGAGGCUACGGAGCAAGAGGACAUCGAGAAGCCCACGGGUUUGCAGUUGUUCAAUGUGCUCGUCCCGUGGUCGGCGGUGGACAAACUCAAUGAUCCAGUCGCGGCCAAUGUGAAAGGCACGGGGAAGCUCUGUACCUGGUUCGGUCGCACAUAUGGCGCACUCGGGUUCCCAGUAAAAGAACCAGGGACAGGGGCAUCACUGUUCACCCUCUUCGUCUAUGUAGAGCGCGACGAUGACGACAUGACGGUAGUCUACGCCGGCAAAGAACACCUCGUCCGUUGGCUACAAGGUUGUGAUCCACGACUGCGCACACUGGCUGAAUCGGCAGAAAAGAUUAUAUGCAUUCCGAUGAUUGAGCGACCGUUCCUCGAAGAGUGGAUACAUCCUGAUGGUCGUCUCCUUUGCAUCGGUGAAGCUGCACACCCUAUUGCCGCUGGCUCCAUCUACGCCCUCAGCAUGUCCAUUGGCGACGCCGCGGUCCUCGGCAAGCUCUUCUCGCACCUGCACCGCAAGGAGCAGAUUCCAAUCUUCCUAAACGCCGUGCAAGAGAUCCGCGAACCGCGCGUCCAGAGCGUCCUCAAGGCCUCCCUAGGCAACAUCUUCGCCGUCUCGCUGCCUCCGGGCAUCGCCGAGCAGCGCGAUCGCGAAUUACGCGAACGCGCCGAGCAGGAAGUGUGGAAUCUUGGGAGAGCCGGCACGCAGACGACGAGCGAAGAGAUGAUCAUGGCCAUUGAGGGUAUCUUCGCUUACGAUCCUGAAGACUCCGCCGACGACUGGUGGCAGCAAUGGGGGAUCACGCAUGAACGCGCGCAGCGCCUGUUCUUUGGCGGGUCUUUCGGGCUGAACGUCGCGACGGAGGAGGAGGACUGAGCGUCCUGGGCCACAUCGGCCGCACCAGUCGUACGCUAUACACAGUCCGUCGUUCUGGUCAUGCGCCGCGCAUGAUGACUGAUGAUCUUGCCCCAUGUGAAGCUGUGGUGAUAUCCCCGUGCUGUAUUACUAUUGGAGAGUGAAUUGUGAUCACUAUGCAUACCCAUCCAUACUUUGACUACGUCCACCACCACAUAUCGCAUACAUUUUCCUCGUUGGCAUUCGUCUUUGUCCUUGUACGCAUACGUCAUGGCCGACCAGACCUUCUCAUGCUGUCAUUAUACUCAUCAUCGCUUACGUCGAAUUCCAUACACACAUGCUCUAGAU